AUGCAGCCAAAAGCACCCUCCGGACACGCAGACCUUACACGUAGCCGUAAGUGGGACGAGGACACGAUACUUGGCCCGGGAGACAAGAUCGGAGAGGGGGACACGUUCCUCGUGGAAGAUAUUCUCCCUUCGGACCUUGCGAAUGUGGCGUUCGAUAACCUGAUCAAGGAGGUGCAGUGGAACACCAUGUAUCACCGAGGUGGCGAAGUUCCUAGACUUGUUGCUGUUGAGGGGGCGGUUGCGCCUGAUGGAAGUGAACCCAUUUACCGUCACCCCGCGGACGAGUCUCCGCCGUUGCUUCCGUUCUCGCCCACCGUCGCGCGCAUCCGUGACCGCGUCGAGGAAGUGCUUAAGGAGCCCGUCAACCACGUGCUCAUCCAGCACUACCGCGAUGGGAUGGACUACAUCUCCGAACAUUCCGACAAGACGAUCGACGUUGUUCAUGGCUCGCACAUCGUCAACGUCAGCAUCGGUGCGGAACGCGUCAUGACCCUGCGCACAAAAAAGGAUGCGCGCGAUGCGCACGCGCACGAGGCGGCGAACGGCCGCUACGCCCGCGCAGUGCAGCGUGUCCCCCUUCCGCACAACUCGAUGCUCAUCAUGGGCCUGGCAACGAACCAGAAGUGGCUUCACAGCAUCCGUGCGGACAAGCGCAUCCCCACGCUCAAAUCUGCGCCUGAAACCGCGUUUGACGGCGCGCGCGUCAGCCUGACGUUUCGACACAUUGGCACGUUCCUCACACCCGAUGGGAACCAUAUCUACGGCCAAGGUGCAAAGGCGAAGACGCGCGAAGAAGCGAGAGAGGUCAUCAGAGGCGGCGAGGAGGCGGAAAAACUCAUCGAGGCAUUCGGGAAGGAGAAUCAUAGUACCGAAUUUGACUGGGAAGGAACGUACGGAGAGGGAUCCGAUGUCUUGCAUUUUGAAGUGAAGGAUAGGUCUGAACAUGGUACUGCGAAGAGCGCAUAA